AUCAGGGACAGGAGGGGAGCGCCUACUCCCCAUCUUAUCAUAAGCACAAGGGACUCUGCACAGAGUCAGGGAAUGUGUGCUUCCAUCGCAGCCUUCUCACACAGGCUGCAGUGCUUCUAAACAACCACUUGGGAUUCUUGUUUUGUGGUGUGUUUAUAUAGCUUGUUAGGCAAUUGUGUCCUCUAAGACAUUGUGUGCUGAUUCUGAGCUUCCUUGUACCGAUCGACCGACCGACCACACCUGAAUGUACUGGGUGUCUGUCUCAGGGAUCCUCCUCCAAGUCACUUAUCAGGUGUUGUACUAUCCCAGACAUCUUAUUUCUCACCGAGCCGCGAUCGCUGGAGCAUUCAUCACCCUGGUAGUAAGCAACAAUUCUAUGAACAUUUAUCUGAGUGUUGGUGCACUGCUGGAGCUCACAAAUGCCACAAGCGUGGAUCUCUCCUUGGAAUCGCUCUUCACCAUCUGGGAUCUGUGAAGUCCAUAUCCAAAUGUGAGCCGCCCUUAGGGAUCGUCCUACCAACACGACCGUCUCCAGCAUUGAAGGCUAUGUUCUGCCUGGUCUCUCUCUUGUAAAUCAUCACCACCGUCAUCAUGAGCACAGAGCCGCAGGUUGAAGCCCUGAUCCAAAAUAAUGAGGAUUGGUCCACCGCUACUGGGACGGAGGAGGAAAGCUCUCCGGGAAAGACGUCUAGCUGUGAAACGCCCGAGGAGCACCAUGUUGAUGUGGAGAUGCACUCCAGCGGCUCAACCGGCAUUGACUCCGGCGGUAAUUACUGUAACGGGCAUGAGUCUAGCGGAACCGAUUCCCACGGCAACGGGCCCAGGAUAACAAAUUGUUCUUUCCGGAUGCCCAGCAAGUCCACCGGCAGCAGCAAUAACAGUGAACAAAUGGAAAGGACUCGCUCUCACAAAGAGCUGAUGAGUAUGGUGCAGGAAAUGAAACGGCGCCUUCCUUCGGAAAAGCUGAACCGCAACAAACCCAGUACAGUGGAUGCGUUGAACUACGCCCUGAAAUGUGUCCGGCAAGUGCAAGCAAACAGUGCGUUUUUCCAGGUCCUCACUGAAAGCGGAACGGCGCGUAUGGGUACCACUGUACAUACGAUUGAGGAUCUGGAAACGAUAACAUCAGAGCAUCCACCAAAAAACACGGAUACGUUUGUAAUCGUGUUCUCGCUGACCUCUGGGAAGAUGGUGUACAUCUCGGAACAGGCUGCCUACACCCUGAAUUGUAAGAAGAAGCUGUUGGACUCGUCACGCUUUGUGGAGCUCCUGGCUCCUCAGGACGUCAGCGUCUUCUACAAACACACCACCCAGUCUCAUCUUCUGCCCUGGAAUAUUGGAACAGACUCGGCUUCUCUUUAUGAGUACACCCAAGUGAAGUCGUUUUUCUGUAGAAUUAGGGGAGGAAAAGACCGCGACAACGAGCCUCAGUACAAUCCCUACCGAAUGACGCCGUAUUCUGUGAGAGUCCGCACGUCUCCCGAUGUUGAGCCAGAGCAUUGCUGUAUUGCUUUGGUAGAAAGGAUUCACUCGGGAUAUGAGGCUCCCAGAAUUCCCUUGGAUAAACGGAUCUUUACCACCACACACACCCCUGGCUGCGUUUUUCUAGAGGUAGACGAUCGAGCAGUACCAUUGUUGGGUUACUUGCCACAAGACUUGGUUGGAACGUCGAUGUUGAUGUAUCUACAUCCAGAGGAUCGCCUAUUAAUGCUCGCCAUGCACAGAAAAAUUUUAAAAUACGCUGGGCAGCCGCCGUUCGAGCAUUGCCCCAUCAGGUUCUGCACCCAGAACGGUGACUACAUCACUUUGGAUACCAGCUGGUCCAGCUUUGUCAACCCCUGGAGCAGAAAAGUGGCAUUUAUUAUCGGUCGGCACAAAGUUAGAACGGGACCUCUGAAUGAAGACGUGUUUGCUGCAAGAAGUACAGAAGUCAUCAAUUUUGACAAAGAAAUAAAGGAAUUGCAAGGACAGAUCUAUAAAGUCCUUUUACAGCCUGUACAUAACAACGGUUCCAGCGGCUACGGGAGUCUGGGUAGUAAUGGAUCCUAUGAACAUUACAUCAGUAUCGCCUCUUCUAGUGAUUCCAAUGGGAACUGCGUGGAUGAAUCGCACAAAGAACCGAUGACUCUGAAACAAGUGUGCACCGACAUCACCCACCUCAAGGAUCUGGGUCAGCAGGUCUACAUUGACACGAGGAGCAAGUGUGUGCCCAAAAAACGGGAGAUAUUCGACAAGGAUGCUCAGAAAGCAAAACUCAAUUUGAAUGCCUGUGUAGCUCCUCGGGGAAACAUGGAGGGACCUGCAGCAUCAUCCUGCGAAGCCUCCAGGAAGGGGCAGCACAUACCUUCAUACCAGCAAAUCAACUGUGUGGACAGUAUUAUUAGGUACCUGGAGAGUUAUAACAUCCCUGCGCUAAAGAGGAAGUGCGAAUCGUCCACCAACACCACCUCCUCUUCAUCAGAAGAUGGCAAGCAGGGCCUCUCCGGACAGAACGACCUGGAGGUUUUAGAAGAUGUUCCUGAGCUAGCAGCGCCUACCAGCCAGUUAUCAGCGGAGUCCAUGGUUACAACCGACGCUCAGACAACAGCCGCCGUGGUGGGAGCUCCGCUGACCGAUCUCACACUGUCCAUCAAGGCCAUGAGUGUUGUGUCCGUCACCAGCCAGUGUAGCUACAGCAGUACCAUUGUGCAUGUUCCACAGCCCGAGUCAGAGGACAGAGCCAAACAUCACUCAAGUAAGCUGUCUUGGAAGAUUCCUGGAAAUACCGAGGUGACGGCCAUAGAAGAUGCCACUGGUGGCAGCGAGCAGAUUGAGAUGAGGUCUUCGCAAGCGGCCGGUUCCACGGUGACACCGGAGGAGUUUAGGCAAGUUGGGCUGACGAAGGAAGUUCUUUCUGCUCACACACAGAAAGAGGAACAGAAUUACGUGGUCCAGUUCCGGCAGAGGAUCCUGCAGUCACCGUACAGCAGUUAUCUGCAACAGGACAGCCGCAGCAAGGCAUGCUCCCAUGAACGAGGUGAACACUCAUCUCCGCAGACCUCUCCAGCUGCUUGGAAGAAAGGGAAAAAACAGGGUAAGCACAAACGGCAGAAACCCAUGGAAUCUUCGGACAGUAAUGGUUCUCAUCCCAAUCUGCCGCCACGGCCGAGGAGGUCAGGUCCUUUGCCGCAGUCUUGGUCACCGUCCGAAGUUUCCUAUCCAAGCCCUUCAAAUAUGGCUUUCCCUCCUCCUAUGAUGAUCCCAAUCCAGCCAGCCUUUUCUAUGCCGGGCUUUCCGCAGAUGACUACGACAGUGGCAGGAGACUGUACCAACUCAUCCGUGACCCCGGAGUCCAUACCGCAAUCCAACAUUUCCUACAACAUGCAGACCUUCCCGGGAUUCCCCACCCCGUACAUGGGUACCCUCAUGGCUGUUUUUCUUCCCAACUACAACAUGUACCCAACCAUGAAUCCACAGAUGAACCCAACCAUGAAUCCACAGAUGAACCCAACCAUGAAUCCACAGAUGAACCCAACCAUGAAUCCACAGAUGAACCCAACCAUGAAUCCACAGAUGAACCCAACCAUGAAUCCACAGAUGAACCCAACCAUGAACCCACAGAUGCCUCAGCCUUUCUUCCCUUCCCAGUACCCCUGCCCACCAGCUUAUCCGUACACUGGAAUGCCCAGCGCCCCUCAGAAUUUUCCAUCCCAGAUCCCUACAGACUUUGUGGACCCAACUUCUCGAGCCUCAUCCCCCAUGUCUGCUGAGGGACAGCAGGAAGCACAAAUUGAAGAUCCACACCUCUUCAGUCACUCUAGAAGCAGCUCUCCGCUGCAAUUGGUCCUCCUUCAGGAGGAAUUACCAAAACCGGCAGAGCCUCAAGAGGGAGCCAACGCAGAGAACCAGUCGGAUAUCAAAUGUACGGACGCCGCGGAGGACAGCGGGAACAAUGACAGCCACUCUGCUUCUAGUGAACUUUUUGAUCUCUUGCUACAAGAGGAUUCCCAGUCUGGUACUGGGUCAGCGGCUUCAGCAAGCGGAUCUGCCAAUUCCAGCUCCUUGGGGAUUGGUUCCAACGGUUCUACCUCAAACAGGACUUCAGGAAGUGGCGUAGGGAGCAGUAACAGCAGCAAGUAUUUUGCUAGCAAGUCCUCUGCUAGCAAGUCCUCCGACACUUCCAAGAAGGGUCACAAACGCCAGGAAGCUACAGAAUCGGAGUCCUUCCCCAAGGCUGCUGCUGCUGCAGACUCUAUAUGGACUGUUAUAGAGCGUACACCUUCCCCUAUCAUGAUGACCUAUCAAGUACCUGAGAGGGAUCGGGAGACCUUGUUGAAAGAAGAUCUGGAAAAGCUAACGGCCAUGCGCAGCAAGCAGCCCUGGUUCACAGAGGAACAAAAGGAGGAGCUGGCGGAAGUACAUUCUUGGAUCCGAACGCGCACGAUCCCGCAAGAGAUAGACACCAAGGGAUGUGUCACUUGUGAGAAUGAAGCAACGGCAAGAAACAACCCCGAGAAGGAGAAGGAAAACCCUGCGGAGGACGGCACCAGCAAAGCUUCCGAACGACCUCCAUCCCAAACACAGCAACCCCAACAGACUCCCCACCGGAGCAGCCUCUGCGAUUCGGGGAAAGUCACAAACUCCGAGACCUGACUAUUUUGUAAAAACCUUUCUUUUUCUAUAAAACUUUAUUUAAAGUCCGUUCUUCGCUGCACAAAGGAACAGGAAGCUUUGCGUUCUUUCUCGGAUCUUUACACAACCGUGGAAGAAGAAGGAAGCCCUCCUGGUGUUACAUUUUUAGGAUUUUCCUUUUUUUUCGUUUACACCAACUUUGUGCCAAGACACUGUACUGCCCACUUUGCAGCCGAGAGACGUUUUAUUUUUUUCCCCCUCCCCCUCCAUCGACUCGGCUGUUGCGUGUCCUAGCACCCCUCCACACGGCACUGACUUUCGGAAAGUUCACCAUUUGAAUCUACGAACAUCCAGACUGUUGCAGAUGUUUUUCGGAUCUCGGUCUCUAUCCUUGUGCACCUUGUUUUAUACCUGUUUGUAAAUAUUAUUGACAUUAAAGGAGUAAUAGAACGGCGCAA